CAGAAUCACCAAAGGCCCACCGUGGCGGCGGCAGAAGUCGGGAGCAGCGCAGGCGAGUAGAUAAACGUGCAUGAUUUAAGACUUUGCGAACACAAACGGAAGAAGGAAUGGCAGAGAAAGUGAACAACUUCCCUCCGCUGCCAAAGUUCAUUCCACUGAAGCCCUGCUUCUACCAGAACUUCACUGAUGAGAUCCCCAUUGACCACCAGAACCUGGUUCAGCGGAUCUACCGUUUGUGGAUGUUUUACUGCAUCACUUUGGGAGUGAACCUGGUGGCCUGCUUGGCCUGGUGGAUCGGGGGUGGAUAUGGGGUCAACUUUGGCCUGGCCCUCCUUUGGCUCCUCCUCUUCAGCCCCUGCAGCUACGUCUGCUGGUUCCGGCCCGUCUACAAGGCCUUCCGGUCCGACAGCUCUUUCAACUUCAUGGUCUUUUUCUUCAUCUUCUCCGCUCAGUUUGUUUUGGCGGCCAUUCAGGCCAUUGGCAUCAGCAACUGGGGAGCCUGCGGGUGGCUGGCUGCCGUGACAUUCUUCAGCACCAACGUUGGAGCUGCCGUCAUCAUGCUGCUCCCAGCCAUCAUGUUUACCCUUUCGGCGCUCGCCAUGUUUGUGUGCCUCCUCCGGGUCCAUCGACUUUACCGUGGUGGUGGUGGAAGCUUCCAGAAAGCGCAGGAUGAAUGGCAGAGUGGCUUGUGGCGGAACCCUCCGACCCGUGAAGCCCAGUUCAGCAACUUCUCGAGGAGCAGCCUCCCUGAAUACCCGACUGUCCCCAACUACCCAGGAGGAAACCGGUGGCCUUGAAUCUCCUGGUCGGACUGCCCAGAUGGGUUAUAAUAGAAACGCCUGUGUUUUUGUUCCUUAUUUGUUCCUUUUGGAGCGGGUAUGGGGAAGAAUGAUACAUCUGUCUUUCCUAUACCUUCUCUCCCCGUUGCCAAUCCUUGUUGGCGUUGGUUAUUUUUCCACCCCGUAAAUCAAUUCCCCCCUUUUGAUGAUCCCGGAAAGACCGGGAAUCCUCUUCUUAUUGCCUUGUUCAUUUGUACAGACGGGGUCGCCAAUUGUUUGGGUUCUUUUAUUACCUUGUCCAUCUGUACCAAUGGGAUCGCCAAUUGUUUGGGUUUAUCUAUUACCUUGUCCGUCUGUAUUGAUGAAUCGUCAGUUGUUUGGGUUAGUCUAUCUUGCCUUGUCGAUCUGUACUGAUGGGGUCGCCAAUCAUUUGGGUUCUUCUAUCUUGCCUUAUCCAUCUGUACCAACAGGGUUGCCAAUAGUUUGAGUUUGUCAAUCUUGCUUUGUCCGUUUGUAUUGACGGGGUUGCCAAACAUUUGGGUUUAUCUAUCUUGGCUUGUCCAUCUGUACUGAAGGGGUCACCAAUUCUUUGGGUUCAUCUGUCUUGCCUUGUCCAUUUGUACCAACGGGGUUGCGAAAUGUUUGGGUUCGUCUAUCUUGCCAUGUCUGUUUGUACCGACGGGGUCGCCAAUAGUUUGGGUUCUACUGUAUGGAGAAAUGGGGGAAGUGUUCCCCCUUUUAUUCUUCAUUUUGCCACCAGGUGGGAGAGUCUUUGACCCUUCUUUGCCUAAAACAGCACUCUACUGCCAUACUUUUUAAGUUUGGAGGCAUGGAGAUUUGUGUCGGGUAGGUGGCGUUCUUACAUAGCUUGAUUUCAAAUAAGGGCCAAUUUUGGGAUCCUAGGACUUGAUUCAAAGGGGAAACUUCCCAAUGUUACCCCAAAUGGGAACUCAGGUCUGUGGAUGAAUUACAUUUUGAUUUCGAGCGUAAAGUUUAUUGAUGCCGGUAGCAUGGAGUGCUUUUACUGGGUCUGUAUGACAUUCAACGAUAUCCCCCCCCCCUUCUAUUUUUCCUAUUUUUUAAGGGAGUUUUUCUGUCCGGUCCUGAACUUUGGAUGACCCUUUGUUGCAGUAAUGUUUCACAAACCCUUCCACUCUCAAAGCUGGAUUUGCCUUCUCAGGAGACUCUCGAUGGCCACAAAUGAACGGGAGACAUCUUUCUGACCCUCAAAAUCAUGAUUUUGGGCUGUACCUCCAACUCAUUUGGGAAGGGAGACAUGGCAAUUUUCAUUUUCCCAGCGUUGCCAUUCCUAUCUCCUUCCCAAAGUGAGUUUAUUCCGCGUUUCUGUUUGUGUUGCAGAAACGGAAACCRCCCCAGUGAUGGCUCAACAGGGCCUGACCUGAUACUGGAACGAAAAGCCGUGAUUACUGGUGCCUUAACUGGAGGAUAGACCUCUUGGUCCCUUACGUGUUGCUUCAUACAAACAUUCCUUUACCCAGCGUUUUGUUUACGCUGAAGGUGACUCUUUAUUUCUCCGUUCURCUUUGUAAAUAUAAAGUGCAAUUCAGCGCCCCUUCUCUCUAUCGGGAGCUACAUUAACGAAUGAGCCAAAAAAGGGAGUCAAAAGUUAAAGAGACAUAGAAUGUGGUUCCGGGGGUCUCUUCCUCUCUCAAAUCCAGUUUGUUUCCCAAAUCCACUGGUUGCCAAACCUUUUUGUGUCAAGCCAAUUCUGAGGUUUUGCCAGACACUUUUUGAGUCUCUUCAAAUGUUUAUCACACCAUGUUUACACCGUGAGGUGGGGAUAGAGAGCUUUGCCUUCGAUAAUUUGGCAGCAAUCUACUUUAAUGCCAAGUUAUCUGAGCAGGGAAAGCAAAGAAAACUUGGUUGAAGUUUAGAUUAAAAGGAUUUGAUGCCUUAUUUCCGGGCCCUCCUUCACCUCUCGAAACGCUUCUGAUCUUUCAUCAUAAUGCUAAAGAGCCUUCAUCUCAACGGGCGUAUGGUACCUUUCCGCCAUUUGUCUUAAUGUAAUAUACCUAUAUAUAAAAUAUUCUAAUUAGUCUCUUGAAAAUUUUUGUAACAAUGUUUACACACUCGAUUUCCCCAGGGAAGUCCUUCCUUCCCAAUUUUGGGGAGGUGAACUAACAAUACUACUAUUACUACUUCGGAGCAAUGCCUUGUUCUGCAUCAUGUUGUGGAUUUCCCCUCCUGCUCUUAUUCUAAUUUUUUUUUGUUCAUUUGGUUAAAAUAAAUUGGAUUUGUCCACUGGAAAGAACCCCUA